GGCCAGGAAGCCCGGAAGGCCGAGCGCGUCUGCGGUGUCCGGGGCAGGAUGAGCUUCUUGAGGAAGCAGGCCCGGGCACAGGCCUGGAGUCAGCUGGGGUCCGGCGCUCGCCCUGGGGCAGAUGCCCACUUGGUUGAGUGCGAGGACACUGUCCUGGCCGUAGUGCCACGGGCCCCACUCCUUAAGCAGUGCUCUGGCACCUCGGCCACCCCGUGAGAUGCCCGCAGUCCUCUGACUUCUACAGCUUCUGUCCCUCUGCGAGUCCCAAUCCCCGAGCCCCCCACCACCACCCCGUAGCACCCCCAGCUGCCCCGCACUGGGCCGUGGCAUGGCUGUUUGGUGCCCUCUUGAGCUGACCUGGGGAAGCGCCCAGGGGGCCCCAGGGAGGACGAGAACAGGAAACUGAUGGUGGGCGGGGCCAGCUUCUGAGUUUUGCUUUCUCUGCUCGCCCUGGGCUGGCAGGCGAGGACAUCACCAGCUUGGGCAGUUGGGCGGAGAGGCACCCCCAGACCCUCGCUGGAGCUCAGAACCAUUUGGAGCAUCUUGGGGAGUGGCCAUGGGGCCAGAGCCAAGGGGCGCGGUGUAGGCCUGGCCUCCUGACUCCCCUCCCAGUGCUCUUUUGCUCCUUCCAGGAUCCUGGGACCCAGACCAGGAUGCUGGGGUCCCGAAACUGGCGAGCCAUGCGGGACACACGCAGGUACCGGCACCAGUACCCGGAUUUGAUAGAGCGGGAUGGCAACGGUGACAUGCCAAACCUGAGUUUCUACAGAAACGAGAUCCGGUUCCUGCCCAACGGCUGUUUCAUCGAAGACAUUCUUCAAAACUGGAGGACGGACUAUGACCUCCUCGAGGAGAAUCACUCCUACAUCCAGUGGCUCUUCCCUCUGCGUGAACCCGGAGUGAACUGGCACGCCAAGCCCCUCACGCUCCGGGAGGUCGAGGCAUUUAAAAGCUCCAAGGAGGUCAGGGAGCGGUUUGUCAAGGCCUACGAGCUCAUGCUGGGGUUCUACGGGAUCCAGCUGGAGGACCGGGACACGGGGCAGGUGUGCCGAGCACAGAACUACCAGAAGCGCUUCCAGAACCUCAACUGGCACAGCCACAACAACCUCCGCAUCACGCGCAUCCUCAAGUCCCUGGGCGAGCUGGGCCUGCCGCACUACCAGGCGCCCCUGGCGCGCUUCUUCCUGGAGGAGACGCUGGUGCGCCGCGAGCUGCCGGCCGUGCGCCAGAGCGCGCUCGACUACUUCGUGUUCACCGUGCGCUGCCCGCGCCAGCGCCGCCAGCUGCUGCGCUUCGCCUGGGAGCACUUCCGGCCGCGGCGCAAGUUCGUCUGGGGACCCCACGACAAGCUGCGCCGCCUGCGGCCGCCCCCCGGCCCCGGGGACCCCCGCCCGCCCGCAACGGCCGGCGGGGCCGAGGACGGGGAGCGGGGAGGGGGCGCGGGGGGCCACGGGGAGGCGGGCCCGGAGCCCCCGAGCCCCAAGGAGAGCAAGAAGAGGAAGUUAGAGGCGAGCCGGCGGGAGCAGGCCCCGGGGGAGCCGGGCGCACAGGGCGCCUCGGACGUGGAGAAGAUCGCCCUGAACCUGGAGGGCUGCGCGCUCAGCCAGGGCGGCCUGGGGGGGGGCGCCCAGGAGCGGGCCGGGGAGGCCGAGCGGCCCUGUCCCCAGCCCCCGGGGCCCAAGGUGGCCGAGGAGGUGAGGAAGAGAAGGAAGGUGGACCAGGGCCCGGGCGGCGGCGCCCCGGGGGACGGCGGGGAAGACGGCGGGGAGGGGCCCGAGGGGGCCGAGGGGCCCGAGGGGCCGGGGUGCGCUGAGGCCAGGGAGGCCGAGGAGGGGGUGCAGGAGGCAGAAGGCGGGCGGGGGCCGGAGCAGGCCGCCCCGGGGAGCUCAGCCGGCGCUGGACCCCCGGUAGAUAAGGAGGCCGAGCCGGGGUCUUAGCCCAAACCCCGGAAGCCUUAAGGGAAGUGUGCCCGCGGCCCCCUGGCCCCGCCGCAGCUCUGGGGACCCCCGCUCACUCUUGCAGCAGCGCAGUCGCGGGCAGCGGGCCGGGCAUCAGUGGGACGGACUCGCCGGACUCAAAUCCUCUCACCUCACACACGCCCGCCUCCCUCCUCUCUGCCCCCGCCCCCGCCCCUCUUUGUAAAUUGGCCCCUAAGGGUCUGGGGGUGGGAGUGGGGUUCAUUUUCUUAGUCUGGUGCCGAGGCCUUUUCUGAAUAAACUCAUUUGACUUUG